CCAGCCCGGCCCAGCCCAGCCCAGCCCAGCCCAGCCCAGCCCAGCGGGCAGUGACAGAAGGAUGGCGCCAAACGGACAAUGAAUGACUCGACGCGUGGGUCGUGGCGCCGUCUUCACCCUCCGCCAUCACCCUGCCGUGCUCGGGUAUUCAUUAACCAACGGUUGGCAUUGAAAUCAUUUGAAAACUAGACCUUCAUUUACUAAAUUUGUUUCUUCAUGUAAUCUUUGGAGUUAUGUGGCCAGGGUGACUUUGCCAGACUUGAAAAGACCUGUCCAAUGUGCAACUGUCCACCCUGAGCUGCUAUCAUGUCAGCUGACAUAGUAAUUACUGCUAUUCAAGCCUGUCGUACAAGUCAUAAGGGACGCAGCCGUUACAGAGUUGGAGCAAAGACCUCCUACGUAGAUGAAACCUUAUUUGGUCAUUCCAGCAAGGUCCAGAGUUCAAUCUACGAAUUUGAUCCACCAUGGGUUUCUGCAUCUCCAGCUGCUACUCAACGGCCAUUAUUGUGGAGCCCAAGUACACAGACAAGGCCAAAUGGAGAUGUCAGCCAGGUUCCCAUCCCUCUCAAGUCUGGAAGAACACCCAUAAAAAACAAGUACAGAUUAAAAUCCUGUAAACCCAGCUACUGCGAUGAGUCCCUUUUUGGGCCAAGACAAGAUGAUGCAGGCUGGGAGGCACCAUGGACUGUAAAGGAUGACAAAAUAAAGAUUCGUCCACUCCUGUGGUCCCCUACACCGCGCAAAAUUAGCUCAAGUGUCUUUCGGUCCACCAGUAACCAGUUACCAUCAGAUGGAAGAAAUCCAGUGAAACCGCAUCAUCCAACCACAAGAAAAUCUUCUACUGACUUUAUAACUGAAUAUAAAGAUAAAACUGAUUACUGGAGGAGGCCAGACAGUAACAAUGCCUCUCCCAAUGACACCCCAGGUCGAAGAAGAUCACAGUCCUUGACUAGAAAGGACAAUUCUAUGAAGGAGAUUGUGAAGGAAGAUUCAACACUGAAUGCUCCCAGGAACAUCAAGCCGUUGCGGGGUAGGCCAAUUUCAGCUUCAGCUGUACACCCUGGUUUGCAGCAUUCUUUGAGAACAAGAUCAGGUAGUCUGUCAGAUUCUGCCACAGCCAAUCGACUCAACACAACAAAUUCUGUAAAAUUAAAUCCACCCUGGAAAUAUUAAGGCUGUAUUGUUUUUGAAAGUUGGAGAAAAAGCAGAACAGAUGUUUUCAAGCCACUUUGGAGUAGGAAAGGAACUGCGCUUUUGGAUUCCUGAAAAUAAAGAAAAUAUUGUGCUUUGAUUAUCCAUUUUGAAUCCAAAGCUAAACAAAUUGAAAUGUCCUUAAUAAUGGAACGGUUAGGAAUUGUGGAUUGGUGAAACAAAAGACCCAGCAAUAUUUCUCAUGUGAUGAUAGAUUAGGCAUUUCUGUGAAAAUACAUAAUGAAAACAGAAGUCAC